UCAAUGACAGCUCAGUCGCGUGUGUGACUGAAGCAAAAUAUUAUAAGACUGAUUUCAAUUUCGUUACAUUGUGCAAAUACGAUUGUUCCGAUAAAUUUUGAAUCAAAGAAUAUUUUUUUGUUAAUCAGUCAUAACAACCACUCAUCGUUAUAUAUUUUUUGUGUAUUUAGUUUGUAACCGAAAUUUUUUUUUAGUGCGCACAAUGUCUUCUUUCACAUUUGGACAGCCACAAACAACAGCAGCAGCGAGUAGCGGUUUUGCUUUUGGCGCUUCAACUCCAGCUCAACAACAACCGGCGGCGCCAUCAUUUGCUCAAGCGGCGGCGCCAUCAUUUGGAUUUUCAACACCAGCGGCCCCAAAAACAGCGGCACAAAUCACCGCAACACCAAAUACAACCAGUACUUUAACGUUUGGUACAAGUGCACCACCGUAUGGGGCACAGACGACAACAUCAACAGCCGCCGCACCAGCAUUUAGUUUUGGUCUUGGAGCAACAUCAACCACAAGUGCACCAUCGCUUGGUUUGUCAUUCGGAGCAUCAACGGCCGCAACAACAACACAACAAACUGCUCCAACAUUUGGUGCUUUUGGUGCGAACACUGCUAACACAUCGCUAACAGCGAAUAAAACAAUUGGAAAUGCUUUUGGUUUAACGACAACAACAACCACAGCAACGGUAUCGAACAGUAGUACGCAAAAAAUCGGUUUGGGUGGCAUCGAUAUAAAUGCGGCCCAACCAAAAACGAUUGAAGGCCAAACGGAUAGUUCGAAAGUGAAGGAGAAUCAAUUGCCACAGGAAAUAAUUGCAACCGUUGAUUCGUUAAAAGCAUACACCAAUCAACAGAAAACGAUAAGCUCAGAUAUAGUGCGUGCAUCAUCACGUAAAAUAACAAAUGUGAACACUGAAUUAGAUACGUUAAAUUGGGCAUUGGCCGAAAUCCAUUCGAAUGUUGAAACAAAUUUUGCUGCAAUCAAGCAAUUGCGUGCCGAAACAAAUAAAGCACGUCAAGAGGCUGAAAUUGCGCAACGAACACACGAAACACCAGCCGGUUUACAAUUUGAGAAUACAGCACCACUUCAAUAUUUUAUGGAAAUGGUACAAAAAUUCGAAUCAGAUAUGUUAACCAUUCGUAAACAACUUGAAUUGACCGAAACGCAUAUACGUUCAUUAACCAAUCCACAAACAUUUACGGCUGACGAUUUGAAAAAAGGCCUACAGCAAAUACACGAAUGUUUUGUUGCGUUGGCCGGUCGGUUACAAGAAACACAUCGAACGGUUGAAAUUCAACAUGAACAAUUUUUAAACUUGAUGAAACAUCGGGGCCGUGAUAAGGUGAUGGUUGAAAGUAUUUAUGAUGGUGGCAACAGCAGUACAGCAGAUGGAUCACAACCAAUUAUACAACAAAUUGCAUCUGGAUGCCGUGCAAUCAUACCAAAUGUUGCCUGCGGUCCACCAUUCUCCGGACCAACACCAUUCUCAUCGUUUCGCACUGAUCCAUACGGAAUUACGAGUACUUUGGGCAUGACAUCAGGUAGCACAAAUGCAUUCGCAGCAACAGCAGCGGCCACACAAAAUGGAUUUGGUACCAUGGGCUCACUAUUCGGUGACAAUAGCCUUUUGAAUGGUUCGGCAUUCACAUCAAAGCGAGCCAAAUGAACAUUUGACCAAAAAAAAGAAGAAUUUUUCCAAAUGAUUCAUAAUGUUCACAUUUUCUUUUUUUCUUUUUGUUCAAUUUUAGAUCGUUAACUAUUCAAUUUAAAAUGAAAAUGAAAUUAAAAAAAAAAUUAUUCAAUAAAACGUAUAUAAGUAAGUUCCCAAAGUAAAUGUUUAUAAAAUAAUAAAUAAUUCAAAUUUUUGUACGGUUAACCGACUUACAUUGUUGUGAAUAAAGCAAACCCAAAUGAUUCCCAGAAA